ACAAAGAUCUGCUCAGAGUCCUCUGUUGCCGUCUCUUACGCGUCCUUGUCCCAAUUCUUCCUCAUUCAAACACAGAAUCCCUCAUAGGAAUCAAUAGCAAGAAAGUGUGAUUUUGGUUGUUUUGUGGGUGUGGAUUGAAAUGGCAAGCGGUGGUUAUGGUGACGCGAGCCAGAAAAUAGACUACGUUUUCAAGGUGGUUCUGAUCGGGGACUCCGCCGUCGGUAAAUCCCAAAUACUCUCCCGCUUCGCCCGCAACGAGUUCAGCUUGGACUCCAAAGCCACGAUUGGCGUCGAGUUCCAGACCCGCACUCUCGUUAUUCAGCACAAGUCGGUUAAAGCUCAGAUCUGGGACACUGCUGGGCAAGAGAGAUAUAGAGCUGUCACUAGUGCAUAUUACAGAGGCGCCGUGGGGGCAAUGUUGGUUUAUGACAUAACAAAACGUACGACCUUUGACCACAUACCCCGUUGGUUAGACGAGUUGCGUGCUCAUGCGGACAAAAACAUUGUAAUAAUUCUCAUCGGAAACAAAACUGAUCUUGGAGACCAGCGAGCUGUGCCCACCGAGGAUGCCAAGGAAUUUGCUCAAAAGGAAGGGUUGUUCUUCUUAGAGACUUCGGCGUUGGAAGCAACAAACGUCGAGGAGGCAUUCUUGACGGUCUUGACAGAGAUCUUUAACAUCGUGAACAGGAAAAAUCUUGCGGCGGGAGAAGAUCAAGCAAACGGCAACCCUGCUUCUUUAGCUGGUAAGAAAAUCCUGGUACCUGGCCCAGCCCAAGUAAUCCCAGAAAAGAACAGGAUGUGCUGUAGAUCAUCUUGAUUUCUUUCAACAUAGAUUUGAAUUUAUGGAUCUAGUGUACUAGGAUGCUGGUGGUAAUUCUUUGAACAAGUGGUGUAUUCAGUUGUAAAUCGAUUCUUGCAGUUUUCUGGGUUAAAAGGUGAAGAUUUGUGUUGUGGUUUCGAUUCGAAGAAACAGAAGAAACUAAAAUUCAUUAAUUUCAUCAUCUAUGUUUUCUCUUUGUAAUCUCUUUGUUUAUUUAUAUUAA